CUUAAAAAAUAUUUAAAAAAAAUUAUGACACAUUAAAAAUUUGAAAUUGACCAAAGAUUUUAAAUCUUUAAAAAUCUCAAAUUAAAAAUUUUUUAACCUCAAAAAAUUCAAAAAUGUCAAAAAUAACAACAAUAAUCUUCGCAAUCAUAAUCCUCAUCAUAAUUCCAACAACCCUAGCAGCCUACAAUUCAACAACAGAAGUCAAAGGCUUCAGAAUCGGCGAAUGCAAAGCGUGGACUCAGUUCCGCAAAAAAUUCAACAAAACUUACUCAUCUGUUCGCGAAGCAAAGCGUCGGAAAAUGAUUUUCAUUAAAAAUUAUCGGCUUGUCACGAACCACAACAAGCACUACGACUUGAACCUUGAAAGUUUUUUGUGCUCUAUAAAUCGAUUUUCUGACUUGACAAAAGAGGAAUUUCAGCAAAAAUAUACAGGAUUUCAACCGCCAACCGACUACAAUGUCACACACGAGCAAGGUUUUGGAAUUAAAGCUGUUGGAACUGGAAUUGUUGUUGGGAAUCAUAAAAAAAUUAUUCAAGAAGCAAAAGUGUUGAAAUCAAUCGAUUGGAGGAGAACAGCUGUGACUGGAGUUAAGAAGCAAGGUGAAUGUGGCAGUUGUUGGACAUUCUCAGCUGCUGGGGCACUUGAGGGACAAAUUUUCAUUAAAGCAAGGAAGUUGUAUGAAGUUUCUGCUCAGUACUUCUUGGAUUGUGUGAAGACAAACAUUACCGAUGGCUGCACUGGAGGUCUCAUGACAGAUGUCUACAAAUUUUCUAUGACCAACGGCAUUGUGGAAGAAGCCAGACAUCCAUACACAGACGGACAAUCUCCAGAUGGAUGUACAAUUAAAGAUUUAACAAUCCCAAUCAAAGUCACUGGAUACAUUGAACUCAAAAAAGUUUCUGAAGAUGAAUUACUUCGUGCUGUGUCUACAAUUGGACCAAUUAGCAUAGCUAUUGAUGCUCGAUGGCAGUCGCUCCAGUUUUAUGAGACUGGGGUGUAUUUUGAGCCACUUUGUGAUCCAAAUGAGUUAAAUCAUGCUGUGUUGGUUGUCGGAUAUGGAACAGAUGAAGAUUUUGGCGAUUAUUGGACUGUGAAGAACUCUUGGGGCAGUGGAUGGGGUGAAUAUGGAUACAUUAGGAUGGCAAGAAACAAGUCAAAUCACUGUGGAGUGGCGACAAUGCCGAGUUAUCCUGUAGUCAGCGUGAGAUUCUAG